AUGUGUGUAGUUUCACACCUUGUCUGGUCCCUCGUGGGCGCCUCAGCCUACCUUGGGGCUAUUGCUGGCGCUACAGGCGGCGUACUGGAUAUCGGCUUGGUCUUCCCGCGCCAAAACGAGACUUAUGCACCGAUGGAAAGAUUUCCCUUCGUAUUUGCGCUCCAGAACGCCAAGUUGGCCGAGAAUCUCAGACCCCUCAUUGAACUCAACGUCCUCAACGCCUCCAUGUCCAUGCUUGACAAGGUCGUAGACAGAGAGUUCGACCUCAUUUGGGCCAACUACUCCACGGAGCCCUACUUCGUCUACGGCUUCGCCGACUUUCGAAUCGAAGGCCCUCUGAGGCUACUCUGGAAAGCCUGGUGGAGGAAUUGCGACGAGAGCGGCGACGAGGUCAGCAUCGUCAGCAACAGCAGCGAUCGCUUCGUAGUCAACUUCGACAUCAGACAGGGCGCCCCAACAGCCGAUGUCGUCGCUACCACGGCUGAGGAGGAUACGUGUCCCGGGCUCACCAUCGAGGUGACGGACAAGACGCACGAUGUCCCCGAGCCCCUUUCCGGCAUCAACAAACAAUGGGGGAUGUGCGCGGUCGUUGCCUCCUCAUCUCCGACGCCGACUGCGAACCCCUGCAGGGUCAAGAUCGACGAGGCUACGGUUGAGAGCAUGAAAGCCACCGAGCUCGAGCGGUGGUGCAGGAAGGCAUACCCUCCACCUGACUGCCCUGAGAAGGAUCAAGCUGUUCAAAAGUUGGCUAUUGCUGGCGGCGCCACAUUUGCAGCUGUUCUUGGAGUUGCAGCGUUUCUCUUCGCCUAA